CUCUCUUUCACUUCCUCCCUCUUUCUAGAAUCCUGGUGUCGUGUGUUGUGGACACUGUCACUUCAGUAGGAGACCCCCAGAGAGGGAGGGGAUGUCUAUGUGUGUCCGUGUAAGCCUAAUACUAUCCACUAUUCAUGACAUCAUCAGAAGGUGCCUCCAUGCCUUGUUGAGAGCAGUAGUAACACCAGAAGAAGAGAAGGGACGGUGGGCCAUGGAGGAGCUGCUGACCCCCAGACAACAGACUGCUAGGCAGAUCAAGGCCCGUUUCCUGGAGGCCCUACAGACCAACAACGUAACGGAGGUCCUGGAGAUACUGUACACCACCAACCUGGACAUCGACACUGUGCUGGAGGUGGAGGACAAACGCAUGAUCCUGGCCUCAUACAAGCAAGGUUUCUGGUUGCCAGACUACAAGCUGGAGUGUUCUUGGGCGAUGGCCCUCCACGUCUGUGUAAUGUACAACUACCUGGAGACAGCUCUGGUGCUGCUGCAGAAGGGGGCGGCGGUUAACAGGAAGCCCAAUGGGAAGACCCCGCUUCACGUGGCCUGUACGGUCGCCCACGGCGACUGUGUGGCCCUGUUAUUGGGCCACGGGGCGAGGGUCAACAGCCUGUCUCUGAGUGGACACACACCACUACACUACUGUAUAACUAAAGAGUCUGUGGACUGUGCCAAGCAACUCAUCCUUAAUGGGGGCAAUGUGAACAAGCCCAGUCAGAGCAAAGACGAGGACACACCUUUACACACGGCAGCCCGCCUGGGAAUCCCUGAGCUGGUGGCUCUCUACAUCUCCCACGGGGCCCAGGUGGACGCGGUCAACUCCCUCCAGGAGACGCCCCUGAUCACUGCAGCCUUCUGGGCCCUGGACAUCCGUGAACAGACCUACAGCGAGGACCACCACCUGGUCUGCCGCAUUCUGCUGGACCACGGCGCAGACCCUAACCUGUAUGAAGAUGACUAUAAGACAGCCUUGCACAAGGCCUCCUGGAACUGUGACCACGUGCUAAUGCAGAUGCUGCUGGAGGCGGGGGCGGACACUACGACCAUGGACAUCAACGGCUGUGAACCCAUCCAGUAUGUCCUGAAGGUCACCUCCGUCAGGCCCAUGGCCAUCCCUGAGCUCUGUUACCAGCUGCUGCUCAAUUUUGGAGCUCCACGGGUCUACCCACCGCAGUUCCACAAGGUGUUGCAGGCCUGCCAUGAGUGUCCCAAUGCAGUGGAAGUCAUGAUGAACUCAUAUGAGCGCAUCAAACCCACCAACAAGUGGAGAUCAUCCAUUCCUGAAGCCUCCUACAAGCAACAUGAGGAAUUCUAUGAGUCCAUGUUUGCUGUGUGCUCCAACACUCCUCGUUGUCUGAUGCACCUGGCCCGGUGUGCUGUCAGGAGGGCUAUGGAGAACCGCUGUCACACUGGGGUAGGGAGCCUCCUCCUACCUCCCCCCAUCCAGAGAUACCUGCUACUCGAACCUGAGGGGACCUUCUAUUGAUGGACUUACUGACUAGGUGUUUGACUGAAUGAUCUACCUUUAGAGAACAGCUACCCUGAGUGAUACAAGAGCCAGUAUCUGAUGCUAUUGGUAGUAGUAUAUAUGGUGGGUAGUUUAGGUUAGUUAGUGCUUGACUAGGUGUACAGGUAUACAGCACACUGCAACUUCCACACUCUAUCCCUAGGUGGCAGCACCAACCGGGUCAGGUGCUAAGCUCUGCCAGGAAGCCUUGAUAAACAGUGGAUUGCUCCCAGGCGGGGGCAAUAAGUGACUGCAGGUGAUUGCAAAGAGGGAGGUUGGCCAGCCAGCGUUUGUGUAAAAACUUGUUGUGGGCCUUUUGUAUAUUAUUUUGUAUAUCACUACUUGAAAGAAUGCCAACCACAAGUAUAGAGUUGAGACAGAGAUUGACCUGAACUUGGUAAGUUUGCUGUCUCCUCGGGUGUAUUCAACACCUGGCCCGCUUAGUCUUUCUUGUUAAUGCACACAUUUAGAUAAAUGACAGAUCAUUUAGCCAAGCCUAGGACCCCUAGACAUAGAGUGGAGUGAUAAAUGAAGUCUGGCCAGGUGCUUUCCUAACACUAUCACUUAGGUCCAGUCAUUGAAACAGGAAAUAACAACAACAAAAAGACUGUGUACUAAGAGAUGCUGUAGCUGAAAGUGGAACCAAAAAAGACACGAUAGCACUGCCUAGCAGUCGAGGCUACCACUGGGUCAAACACACUGACUGGAUAUCCUGAUCUUACUGUAGACUCCAGUCUAUUGUGAUAAUGACAUAUGAGGACAUUGGUCUUCUUUAGCCUGACAUGGUGGAUUAAUGGAUGUCUGUUUGACAGAUGGAUGAAUGGAUGUAUCAGUCUGACAGCUGAAGCUUCUUUCAGACAUUAAUACUGGAUGUCCUGUUCUAUGAUGUCACUUGUUGGUGUGACACCAAGGAUCCACUGCAGCACUGUCUGACUCUCUCUCUCCUCCCCUCUCCCCCUCCCUUCCCUCUCCCCUCCCCCUCCCUCCCCUCCCCCUCCCUCCCUCUCCCUUCUCUCUCCCUUCCCUCUCCCUCCCCUCUCCCCUCCCUCUCCCUCCCCU